UUCUAGGUGUUGGCCAAGCAAACAAGGCUCUGGCUGAUCUCUACAGAUCUCAUGUCACUAGAGUAAGCUUUCAUCUCUAUUUAUGAUACAUGUAAAAGAGUAUGCAGGUUAUUGGAGGUGGAAAAUCCAUAUGGCAUCAUUGUGAUACAGUGCUGAGAUUGCCAUGAUUCGUUUCAUGUUCAACUUUUAAUUUAUUCAGGAUUAUACAUUGGAGGGUGAAUUCGGGAUGGCCACAGACAAUUUAUCUCACGCAGGCCACCUCAUAGAGAAGACCACAUAUGUUAGUUACAGUGCUUUCUUUUUUGUCUUCCACCUUAAUGAAAGAAAUACUGAAUCUAUAAACAUCUUAUCUUGACUGCUUUGCAACCCUUGACAUGUCUUCCAGAUCACAUCACACUGGACAAGCUGGAGAAAGUCCUGGCCAUGAUGCAGGGAUCCAAUCAGAAGGCCUUGCUCACAUAUGUCUACCAUUCAUUCUAGUUCUGUGGUCCACCUCUUAUCCCUCUCUGUCCACCUUACUCUAUCUACUCACUUAGCCACGGUAUAUAGUGAUUAGAGCAUUCCCAUAGACCUGUACCAAUUCAACCCCAUUACUUACCACAGUAGUGAUAUAAGUGCCUGUCAGUUGUCAGUGCCAGCUCAAGCUUAUUUGUAAUUUUGCUAUACCAAGUGUAGGAUAACUGUGUUUGUUCUGGCAGGUACUCUAAGGUGGACAUGAGCACCCAGGAGGUCUAUAAGCUGGCUGUGAAGGGGGAACUACGUUUAUUACACUUCCAACCACCCCACUUUACCUUGAGUAAGUAUUUUAACUCCUCCAAUUUCUAAUAAAAAGCAUGAGCUGGCGCACACCCAGAGAACAUUAUUUAGUGUAGAGGUGCUGACGAACGGUGAAUAAACUGCAAGCUACAAAAACAAAGAGUCGCACACUCCAUUAUGUUUAAACUCCCAGUAAUUUAUUGGGUAAAAAAACACCAAUGUUUCGGCAUCACUAAGCCUUCUUCAGGGUUUUCACCUGUACUGUACAAUACCCUCCUGGAUAGACACUUGCUUACACACAUGGCUACAGAGACACAGGGCAACACUCAUACAUGCAAUAGGACUUGGCACAUUGCUCUUUUGAACUAAUGAACUGUAACAGACACCUUAAAAUGUUACAUUAGAUAUGUAUUAGAUAUUCUGUAAUCGUUUGCUAAUUCAACUUGUCACAUUACAUUAAUCAGUUCUCUCCAACCUCACAGAGGUGCAGUGUUUGAAUGAAACCCAGCGAUACCUGUGCAGAAUCCUGCAUGAGGUGGGCUUGGAGCUCCGCAGCACGGCAGUAUGUAAAGGAGUGCGCCGCACGCGAGACGGAUCCUUCACGGUACAGCACGCCUUGACCCACCAACACUGGACUGCCCCUGAUGUCAUACAGGCCAUCCAACAGUCCAGGAAGGCUAGAAAAUCCAAGAGCACACAGCCAGGGGAGGAUACAGGAACAGCCCGUCGAAGACAGGAGAUAGAGGAAGAUGCAGUAGUCACUGGUGAUUCCCACCGGUUACACUUGGUAUUGACCUCUAAAGCAUUUGGCUCU